UUGAAACGAAACGAAGCGAAGUACUGUGAAAGAAGUAUAUAAAUAUUAGAUUUUUUUGUUUGUAUUAGUGUUAUUAUUUAUGUAUCCAAAAGAAAAUUUCGAGUAAAAUGACAAUCCACAAUCUUUAUAUUUUUGAUCGUUAUGGUACUUUACUGUAUUAUGGGGAAUGGAAUAGAUCCAAGCAAUCUGGUAUGUCGCGGGAAGAGGAAGGAAAACUCAUGUACGGAAUGUUAUUUUCGAUCAAGUCAUUUGUCAGUAAAAUAUCGCCCUUAGAUCCCAAAGAUGGAUUCCUAAACUACAAAACAUCAAAGUAUACCCUGCACUGUUUAGAAACACCUUCUGGACUUAAGUUUAUAAUGAACACUGAUAACCAAGCUCAAGGUGUUAGGGAUCUAUUAAAGAAGAUUUAUGGAGAGAUUUAUGUCAAAUAUGCUGUAAGAAAUCCACUCUGUGGUAUCGGAGAACCAAUUAAUAGUGAAUUAUUUAAGAGCAAAUUGGAUUCAUUUAUUAAACAGACUCCUAUACAUGCUGUUAGGGCUUCAUAAUAAAAAUUUAAUUUAUGAAUCAUGAAUUAAAUUUUGCCAGCAUUUCCAGACAGUUGUAGAUGGGUCUAUAUAAUUGGCAUCAAGUCUACCUUUAUGUUAUGUAUUAAGGAAUGUAUAAGCUAUGUCAUACCACCAAUAGUGCAUAUCUUAUCAGACCAGAAUAUCCAAGUGUACGGGAAUAGAUCAAGAUCAACAUUUGCGAGAAAUGGGGCAAU